AGAGAGUAAAAUGUAGAUAUACAAAAAAAUAAAAUGCGGUAACCCUUUUGCAUAUAACGGCUACAUCAUGACAACCAGGGCUCCAAUAAAACCGGAAUUGUAUGAAGCAAUACAGAAUGUCGAUGUUAUAAGACUUUCGCAAUUCACAGAUGUCGAGAUCAGACCAGUUUUGCCAUGUUUAGUUCGAAUGUCCCUCUGUGCAACUCUGGACACAAGUGAAAGAUGGACAGAGGAAAGGAAAAGGAUUUUGCAAAUACUCUCUGGACAAGAAGUUGUCAAUUCCCUUGUCGAUCUACUUUCUGUGGACUUUCAUGUUCUAGACAUUGAUGUUAAAAAAGAACAGCAACUGAGGACUAAAAUUGGUGGCCAACAGACUGACAGUGUACUGAUAUCACAACUACAGCAUGGUCUUGCCUUGGAAUUUGAGCGAAGUAGCGCAGCGAGAAAACUCCGCCUUUUUCUGAGUGAGCUUUUGUUUAUAAUGGGCCAGAUGAGAGAAUCAACAAGGACUGAGUUCUACCACAAAUCUUCGGAAUUGUUUGAGAGUGAAGCCUAUCUUGAGGAGGUGUCUGAUGUGCUCUGUAUUGCACAAGCAGAAUUACCCAAACUACUUCCACUAUCUGAGGUGGCAGAAGCCUUACUACAUGUUAGCAAUGGUAGUUGGCUACUAUGCCGACUGAUAACAAACGUGCCAGAUAGCUUCCUUGAAGUUUGUACUGCGCUGGUAAAAAAUGGCGAAAAGCAAGAUGAGGGUUUAAUAGGUGGACGUAGAAGAUCACAAAUGUUAAAGAUGUUGUGUGAAAUGUGCCCAGGUCAAGCUAUGACUAUAAGGUCUCUAUGUGUUGAGAAUUGCAGACUCCCUGGUCUUGCUGUUUCACUUUCGCUCCAGCUUCAAAAUUCUACUUCGGGGGACAGAAUGGAAACUGAUGACAUCACAGACAAUCCAUCCACCGAUUUGCUUGCGUUUGUUAACAGUAUGCUUCUCGGCAAUAAUUCAGAUGCCAGAGCCUGGUUUUCUCUGUAUGUACGCAAUGGGCAGAAGCACAAAACCAAUCCAAAGAGCUCCACCCUGUACAAGCUACGUGAGCAACUUCUCGAAGAGUUGAUUAUGGUUCUGCCAGAAUCUGGAAGUAUCCUCCAAGAGGAGCAGGUUACCAUGGCAAGCAGCUUCAUUAGGCUUUACUGUGCUUUAAAGGGUAUUGCAUCAUUGAAGGCAAGUGAUGAAGAGGUGAAGCUGUUAUUACGUUUAGUGACAUGUCAUCCUCCACCAACAAAUACUGGAGCACAGUUUGUGUGUCUUGGGCUUUGUAUGUUAUUGGCCUGCCCCUUUCUUCUUGCGACACCCGAUCAAGAGAGGGUUGCAAUAGACUGGAUCAAAUGGCUUGUCAAAGAAGAAGCAUAUUUUGAAAACACUAAAGGAUCAAGCGGAUCAUAUGGGGAAAUGUUACUCCUAAUUGCCAUCCAUUUCCAUAGCAACCAGACUUCUGCUAUAGUGGAAUUAGUCAGUCAAACUUUAGGAAUGAAGAGUGCUGUAAAGACAAAUACCUUGUCAAGGAUGAAGACUAUUUUCACCCAGGAAAUCUUCAAUGAGCAAGUUGUAACAACACAUGCUGUACGUGUCCCAGUUACAGCCAAUCUUAACGCCAACAUGACUGGGUAUCUGCCCAUACAUUGUAUUUAUCAACUGCUCAAGAGCCGUGCAUUUUCCAAGCAUAAAGUGCAAAUAAAGGAUUGGAUCUUUAAACAGCUUUGUAGCUCCACCACGCCUAUUCACCCUCUCCUCCCACCUCUCAUCAAUGUAUAUGUCAACUCAAUCAUAUCACCUAGCAACAAGUCUGACCACACAAAUAGCCCAAUCACACAGAAAGAGAUAAUGACAGUUUUUCAAGAUUCUGUGCUUGUCAAACAUUCAAAAUUGACAGGAGACCAUUUCCGCAAAAGUCGAAGUUUUAGCGUGGAUGAAUGGCCUCAGGUUGGGGAAUAUGGUUCACAGUUUACGACGCAGAUUCUUUUGCUAUUCUACCUUCUCCAAUAUGAAGACACAAGAAUUAAUAAUAUGAAGACCAUUGUUUCCCAGAAGAGGCAGGUCCAUCAAUACUCCCCAAGUCUAUUGUCACAGAUCCCUAUGAAGUACUUACUCCAAAAGGCUCAAAGAGACCAACAACAAUAUGCUGGACUCUUUUCACCUAUACUAAGACUGCUAGCUAGUCACUAUCCUCAGCUAUGUAUGGUGGAGGACUGGCUAGAAGAAGAAUAUACAGAAAUGCUGACUCUGCAACUUUCUAGUUGUAACGUUACAUCACACAACACCUCACCAGACCUAUUACAUCAUGCAUUUACAGAGAUUGAUACGAAUGAUGCUGCUUUGGUGCUUCAGUUGAAUUGUCUCAUGCAGCUAUCUGCAGAGGACAUCAUACCUUAUGCCGAUGCUUUGACGAUGAACCUUCCCCGCCUGUUGACACCCACUGUACCACGUGCCAUUUUAGACCAAGUUAAACAUGUCUGGUUGAAACUUAACACUGUGAUGCCUCGGAGAUUACGUGUGAUGACAGUGAAUGCAUUAAGAAGUAAAGAGGAUGCUUCUGACCAGGUGAUGUUGUCACAGGAUGACCUUACCCAGAAUCCUUUACUGAUAUUGCGUUGCCAGGAUGCAGUUUAUAGGUCAGCCCCAGUGCUUGAAGUUGCCCUCCGUGUGUUAUCAGCCUUCUUACAGGCAUCUAGAGCCCAACUGAACCAGCACAUCCAGGCCAACCCUGUCUUGGACCACACCCAACAACAAGCUGUUUCAUUGGAGCGCGAGGAGUUAAAGGGGGCACUACAGUCAGCCCAGGAGAGUGCAGUUGUACAAAUUUUACUUGAAGUCUGCCUGCCUACUACACUUGAAAAGGACAGCAAUACAUUACUGACUGAUCUCCGAGAGGUUCAAUGUGUGAUCUUCUCACAUAUCCACCAGAUGUUCAUAGCUGAACCUAAUUUAGCUAAGUUGGUACACUUUCAGGGUUAUGAUGUGUCACUUCUACCAUUGACGGUUGCUGCUAUUCCUUCAAUGCACAUAUGUCUUGACUUCAUCCCCGAACUCCUCAGCCAACCACAUCUUGAGAAACAGGUGUUUGCAGUUGUCUUAGUGUCCUAUUUGAGUCUCCAAUACCCACUGCCAAAAGCUUUAGAUGUCGCUAAAUUAGCGGUCAGUGUCCUAACCACUCAACUUGGAGUUCUCAAAGCUGAUCAGCGUGCAGAGUUCUUCCUUCCCACCUUGCAGCCAAUAGUGCGGAUCGCCAAGGCAUUCCCACCCUUAGUAGAUGAUAUUGUGGCCUUCUUACAGCAACUAGGGAGGGCAUGUGAAUCUCAUAUAGCAGUCAUGGAGGGCCACAUACUGAAAGACAAUACAACUAACCCAUCAGCCAAUAGAGAAACUGAACCUGAAAUAUCAAGCCAAAUGACAGAGGAGCAGAAAUUGAACAAUAAGUUACCAAUAUACCUUGAACUAUCACAACAAAUACAGAGAACGUUUUCUGAUGUUGUUAAAACAGCAGCCCUUGUGCCAGUAGAUUGUUAGCGUUUGGAUCAAAAGUUAUGUAACUGUCCUUUGUCUUAAUCAUGAUGGAGAAUGAAAGAAAUGGUUUCCAGCAUUAAGGAGCAUGGUUUAUACACUGCGAAUAUGAUAAAAACCAUAUGUCUUAAGGCCAUGUGAUGUUUAUACAUGUGGCAUAGUGUACAACAAUGUCCUUUGUGGAAGAUCACCUCAGAUGUUUUUGUCCCAGUUGAUUAGUGAUCAUUUUACAAAGGAGCACGUAGGUUAUCGCAA